AUGCACCUACAACACACUCUCUUCGGUUAUCGGCAGUUUUCAGGUGAGAGAAGCCCUUUGCCUGGCAGCCCAUUGACAUCUGAGUCUGAGGAUGAAUUCGACAUUGAAGGCCAUGAUGUGUCCCAGAUAGAGAAUGAUGUUCUUACGGGUAUGCUAGGAGAUGGUAGCAGACCGUCUAUGAAUAUCGACCUCUUCUGCGAAGGGAAACCUCGGAGGAAAAUCAAGGACGCAGUCAGCGACGAACCUGGUCCAUUUGAGUACCCUUCAACCCUCCAUGAGUACGAAGACGAUGGUAGAGUCAGCGCUAAACCUGGACCAUUUCAAGACACCCAUACACUCAAAGAGAAAGUCACCGCAAAGACGCGUAGGGGCCGUAGCGAAUCACCGGAAAAUAUAGAUCAGGUGGAUGAUGAGCCUUCUCGUCCUGAUUUAUCAGAUUCUGAUGACCAGUCCUCCUCAUCUAUUGAAACAAGUGACGAAGAUGCUGAGUACUUGCCAAAAGGAGAUGAACUGUCCACAUCUGGUGUAGAAAGCGAUGGAGAUGGUGAAUACGUGCCAAAAACAGAAGAAAGAGAGAAUGAGGACGAUGUGGCCGCAAAACCUAUGCAGGAUAAGGACGGCACGACUAUCGCACCUCAACUUAAGCAGGAUGAGGAUGAUGUGACCAUCGUUCCUACAGAACCUAGACAAGGUCAUAUAGCUCCAAUCAACGUUCAGGCAGCCUCGAUGAACUUGAUGAACCAGAGCCUAAAACAGUUCAAGGAAAUCGGAGAUAAACUUAAAGUCUCGCGGACGGUAUGUGACCGCCUAUUUAAAUAUCAGAAGGAAGGUGUUGUGUGGCUCUCGGAGUUACAUGAAGAGUACGUCGGUGGUAUUUUAGCUGAUGAAAUGGGUCUUGGAAAAACAGUACAGGUGCUAGCGUUCCUUCGCGCAGUCGAUGAAUCGCAAAUCAACGACAGUUACAUGAAUUUCAAAGGCCUUGGACCGUCCAUAAUUGUGUGCCCAUCAACAGUACUUCGGCAGUGGCUUGUGGAAUUUCGUAGAUGGAUGCCGCGAUGCCGGGUAGCAAUCCUUCAUGCCAUAGGAAAUCACAAAGGUCCCAGAAGUGCUCUCAUCAGGAAAAUGUGUGUUAAUAGAAAAGGUGGAUCUGUUCUGAUUACUACCUACUCGACGUUCCUUAAAUGUCAAGAAUCCAUAUUACCGAUGGCCUGGCACUAUGUUAUUUUGGACGAAGGGCAUAAAAUACGCAAUCCAACUGCUCAGAUCACUGUUGCCGUGAAGAAAAUCCAUACUCCAUGUCGAUUGAUCCUCAGCGGUACACCGCUCCAAAACACGCUCGCAGAGAUAUGCGACACCAUCAGUCCAUUCAUACUCCGUCGUUUGAAGAAUAAUGUUCAAAGGACGCUCGAGUUGCCCGACAAGAAUGAAAAGGUGUUGUUUUGCGAAAUAACUGAUGACCAACGACGUUUGUAUCGCGAUUAUUUGGCUUCACGUGAAUGUGCAUCUAUUUUCAAAGGGCGAUUAGACGCGUUCGUAGGCUUGGUCACUCUGCGAAAACUCUGUAAUCAUCCAGAUCUCGUCAGCGGUGGACCGAAUCGUCAUCAUGAAUUCGAUGAGAAGGAAGAUAAAACGAAAGCCUACGGCUAUUAUCGUCGAAGCGGUAAGAUGCGUGUUUUGGCGAAACUGUUGAGCAUGUGGAGCAAACAGGGAGGAGAAAAGGUGCUCAUAUUCAGUCAGAGCCGUGAGAUGCUGGACAUUGUUGAGCGCAAGCUGCAAAACGACAAUUUCACCUACCUGCGAAUGGACGGAAGCACAGGUAUUGGAAGACGAAUGAAUUUAGUGGAUCAGUUUAAUCAGGAUCCGAACAUUUUUGUCUUUCUGUUGACUACAAGAGUUGGCGGACUGGGCAUCAAUUUGACGGCUGCUAAUAAGGUGGUAAUCUUUGAUCCAGACUGGAACCCGUCCACUGAUACUCAAGCUAAAGAGAGAGCAUGGCGUAUUGGUCAAGUGCGCCCUGUAACGAUUUAUAGACUGAUGCUAGCUGGUACCAUUGAGGAAAAAGUCUACCAUAGGCAAAUUUUCAAGCAGUUUCUUGCUAAUCGGAUUCUGAAAGACCCAAGGCAACGUCAGUUCUUCAAGACCAACGACCUGCACGAUUUGUUUUCUCUAUCGGAAGUUAGCAAAGAUUGUCCUACUGAAACUGGUGCUCUUUUCGCUGGAGAAACUGAUGAAAUUCGUAAAGAGAACUUCUUUGAUUCUCAAAAUAGAGAAAGUGAUCGAGCAAAGUCAAUGAGCAGGAGGAAGCAGAAGCAUAACAACGAAAAGCAUGACAGUGAGAACGCGGCAGUUAUUAGUUUGAGCGAUGACAAGAAGGCUGAGCUUCGAGAGCGUGCAAGGCUCCUAGCAAGGAAACUGAGCCGACUCCAGGAAGGGCCGAAGAAAUCGGCAUCGACGCCAGAGUCGUAUGGAAAUGAUGCAAGCAAACUGCCGGAUAACACCGCGUUUAUCAAACAGGAAGAUCCGACGGAAUCUCCAAGCAUAGCUAACAGAGAAAAGAUGGCUACUGACGAUCGAAAGGACCAGGGUGAACCAUGUCCCAUUGCUCGGAGUAGUAACGGCGACGUGAAGGAAGCAACGAUUGCCAAAAUCGAGGAAGAGGAACAUAUGGCAAGAUCCCCAGGGAUUGGCGAAGAUCAAAAGAAACCGCUCUCCUCGAAGAAAAAGAAGAAGAAGCGCAAGCUUUGGAGAGUUGAGAACGUGAAACCUGGCCCAUCCGAGCCAAAGGCAGAAUCGAGUAAACAGUCACCGAAAUCCGCUAAGUCAACGAUUGAGAAGGCGGACGAUAACUAUGUGCUCGGAUGUCUUCUGAAGUCGGCCGGAGUUCGUUGUGCACUGGAACAUGAUGACCUGGUCGGUGAGAAGCCUUCUGAUUACCUUGUAGAGAAUGAAGCGAAGGCGGUCGCUAAUCGAGCUGCCAAAUCCAUUUGUAGGCGGGAAGUUCGACGGUUAGAUUACACGAGAAAAGGCAUUUCCAAGGCGAAGAACCAGGAAGUGCACCUCAAGGACAAAAAUGUGGUUCUUACUCAAAGGAUUCGGGAUUAUGUAGUGAAUUGUGGUGGCAAGGUGUUCAGUGAAAUAAUUUACAAGAAAUUCAAGAAGGAAUGUAAGGAGGACUGGGUGCAGUUCCGUGCUAUACUGUCAAAACUGUUGUCAUUUACGACAGGUUAA